AUGAGACUCGGUCAAAUUGCCUUCCUCGCCGUUGUGGCUGGACCCGCAGCAGCAGUUCCUACAAAGAACCAUGCAAAGAGAGCUUCGCCCUUUCAAUGGUUCGGAACAAGCGAGUCCGGAGCUGAGUUUGGCGAGGACCAAAUUCCUGGCGUCUAUGGAACCGAUUAUAUCUUCCCGGAUGCUAGCACCAUUCAAAUUUUGACUGGAAAAGGAAUGAACAUCUUCCGGGUGGACUUCCUGAUGGAACGGCUGGUACCGGACUCCAUGACAGGCGGGUUUGACGAUGCCUACCUUAGCAAUCUGACCACGACGGUCAAAGCCAUCACCGAUGCAGGAUCCCACGCCGUUCUUGAUCCGCACAACUAUGGAAGAUUCAACGGCGAGAUCAUUUCGAGCACAUCCGACUUUCAGACAUUCUGGAAGAACGUCGCAGGCGAAUUCGCUUCUAAUGAGCUGGUCAUUUUCGACACAAACAACGAGUACCACGACAUGGACCAAGACCUCGUCCUACAGCUCAACCAGGCAGCCAUUGACGGCAUCCGCGAAGCAGGAGCAACAAGCCAAUAUAUCUUCGUCGAGGGCAACUCUUGGACCGGCGCGUGGACCUGGGUCGACGUGAACGAUAACCUGAAGGACCUGACCGACCCCCAAGACAAGAUUGUCUAUGAGAUGCACCAGUACCUCGACUCGGACGGGUCAGGCACGAGCGAGAUAUGUGUUUCGACGACGAUCGGAGAAGAGCGUGUGACGGACGCGACACAGUGGCUGAAGGAUAACGGUAAGGUUGGGGUUUUAGGCGAGUUUGCCGGUGGUGUGAAUGAUGAUUGCAAGGCGGCGAUCACAGGCAUGCUUGAUUACCUGGGUGACAACUCGGAUGUGUGGCUCGGGGCAUUGUGGUGGGCUGCCGGACCUUGGUGGGGUGAUUAUAUCUUUAGUAUGGAACCUACCACUGGGGCAGCGUACACAGGCAUGUUGUCGACGCUUGAGCCAUAUCUGGAGUAA